AUUUUAUAAAUGUAAAAAUAUAUCAAAGAGUGUUAAGCAUUUAUAAUCACAGCUGGAGCAGGAAUGGGGGUUGAUUCGGGCCUGCCUGAUUUUAGAGGAAAUAAUGGAUUUUGGAAAGUUUACAGACCUUUUGAAAAUAAAUUUGGAUUUACUGAUUGUGCUAAUCCAUAAUUUAUGGUAUAAAAUCCAAAUUUAUUUUGGGGAUUUUAUGGACAUCGAUUACAUAUGUAUCAAAAUACAAUUCCACAUGAAGGAUUUUAGAUACUUAAAAAAAUGUGUUUAAAUAAAGAUUACUUUGUAGUAACAAGUAAUGUGGAUGGACAAUUUUAGAAAGCUGGUUUCGAAAGUAAUAAUGUCUAUGAAAUUCAUGGAUCUAUUCAUAAAUUCUAAUGUACUCCUUGCGAUAAAUUAUAUGAUGCUGAAAAGUUCUAAAAUUUAUCAAUAGAUUUAGAGAAAUUUAGAGCAGCUGAUCCAUUACCAUAAUGUGAAUGCAAAAAUUUAUUAAGACCAAAUAUUUUGAUGUUUGGUGAUUGGGAUUGGAUCUCUACUAUUUAUGAAUAAUAAGAAUCAAGAUUUUUUGGAUUUUUAGAGAAAUAAAAAUAUAAGAAGGUAUGUGUAAUAGAGAUUGGUGCAGGAACUUCAAUUCCAAGUAUUAGGAAUUUAGGUGAUAGAAUUCUUGAUAAAAUAAAAUAAUCUAUAAUGAUAAGAAUAAAUCCAACAGAAGAUGAUAUUCCUAAUGAUGAUAGAUAUUUUAGUAUUAAAAAAGGUGGAUUAGAAGGCAUUAAAGAAUUAGUAGCAUGA